AUGUGCAAGUUCACCUACCUCGGCUACGACCGCUGCGAUGAGCCAGAGAGGCACUAUCUCAUCCGUCGUGAGAAAUGUAGCGCCAAAGCCAAUCUAAAGAACUGGUGCUCUCCUGAUGAGCAGGAGGAGGCUUCAACGGCAGACCAGUCCGGAAAGUUCUGGGUGUCGCUGCCGUGCCCAAUGUGUGCAGAGAUACCCGUUGUCUACGACCAGCCUCUGCUGGAGAUCGCUCAUUCACGCCGCUCAGUCCUUCCUGCACCGCACUACGACGCCGUCACCAGGAAGUAUUCGCGUCUUCCUAGACACCACACGGCUUCGGAUGACGCGCCAUCUGAUGUGGUUCCGCCACCGCUCAAAACCACUCGCAUGCAGGUCCAACGGGCAGCUACCGAGUCCAAUACUACCAAGUCCAGGGCUCCAAAGGCUGGCGAGUCAUCGGGCGGUGACUAUACGCUCCCAGCGACCACCUAUGUCCCUCCAACGAGGGAGCUGAACCUUCCUAAGCCGCUCCCUAUGCCACAGCCUGCUACCCUCACACCACCUUCCAGUCGUGACUCGAGUCGGUCGCCCCCACAGAUCCGCAUGGAUGGCGCUCUGCGAACCACUCCUCCCGGGGACGGCAGCCGUCGAGAGUUGGACUCCAUCCGAGAGAAGGCAAGGGCGGCGAAUGCCGCCGCCAUGGAGGCAAGGCCUCCCACGGCUGAACGCUUCCGCUCGGGCUCCGCUUCCUCUUCCUCGAGUAACGGAACGAGCCGCCCAAGCCAGCCAUCUCGUCAGGCCUCGAAUGCAUCUAUGACAACAGCUUCAUCUUAUGCCAGCAGGGCCGUUGUCAAGACGGGCCACAGGCCUCAGAGGCAGGCAAGCGCGUCACGCUCUCCGCCUCAAGACAGCAUGGCAGACAGCCUGGCAAACGCAGCACUCAGGAGCAUCGGGAUCGACCGUAACGGGUCCCGCUCUACAGCUGCGUCCGACACCCCCGAGCGUGGCCGGAGAAUGCGCCGUCGUCCCACGGGCGGGUCAAGCAGCGACAGGUCCGACUCUCCCUCGGUGUGGCGGCCCACCAUCAGCCCUCCCGUCCUACAGAAAGACAGCCUCGGACUGGGUCAAAUCGAUAACACCGUCGAGCCCUUCAAGCAGCGGCUCAUCCCCUUCCCGCCCAACAAGGGAGCCGCGACUCCCAAUGCCGUCUCCAUCGCCAAAGGAAAGGGCCUAGUCGAGGACCCCCCGCGACCAAAGACACCCCACCCGCACAGCAACAAAGCUCCCGUACUGAGGCUAUUCCCCAACGACGCCGACGACGAGGAGAUAGCAGCUGCCGCCUUCGAGAGGAUGUUCGCAGCCGAGUCCAAGGCGCAGGCAUACCAGCUCCAGGUGCAGGCGCAGGCGCAGGCUCAGGCGCAGGCCGACGCCAAGGCCCAGGUGGAGACUCAAUUCCAGGCCAGGGCCGCAGCGGCGCAGUCGGCCGUCUCCUCCUCUUCGUCCUCCAAGACGGGCGACGAGGUGGCCGGCGCAGCAAAGAAGGACAAGUCCCUGCCCUCCGUGCCGGCGGCCCUGCGGCGCGUCAAGGUCGGCCAGGUCAAGACGGUCAACGUUGUUGCUCCGCCCCGCCCUCCGCGCCGCCAGAACACGGCCGACAGCACGGGAAGCUCCGCCACUACGUCUUCUUCCAGGUCGUCGCCGCCCCAGCCGCCUGCGUCCGCUACCAUCAUGAAGGUCAGCAUGGGGCCGACGUUCAGCCUUGCGGGCGUCAGCGGGAAGGCGCAGGAGUUUGAGAUCGUCACCGGCCCUGAUGGGACUAUGCUACAGGAGCCGGCCUUUGGUCAGGCUUUCUAA